AAUCGGGAGAACGGAGAACGCGAAUCCAUCGACCUGCUGCACAUCCCCGUUAGUAAUACCCCGGUACCAAAAAACCGACCGACUUACUGAUCGCAGCCGACGUCGUCGAGAGGAAUAAACGAUUUUUGAGAAACGUGCGCGUGUUCGACUUUACGAGUAAUUUGUUUUCAAACAGCAAGGAUUUCCCGAAACAUCGAUCCGGAGGAAAAUCUGAGGGCGGUAGAAGAUAGAAUUCGGAAAGUAACGAGGGGGAGGAAAAUUUGAAAAACAAAAAAAAAUAAAAAAAAAACAAAAAACCAGCAACUUUAUACCUCGGAGUUUCGAUUCUUCCUUUCUACUUUUACCGAGGAAUAACAAAUUGCUAUCGGUUUAUCUCGAUGAAAAUUAUAUAAAUAUUUACAUUUGCAUACAUAUAUAUUUAACGAAAUAUAUCUUUGUACAUCGAUCGGAUUUUUGGAAGACGAAAAUUUCAAGAAAUACUAUCGACAAGGUACGACGAGAUUCCAAAGAAAUGACUUCAAUCAGGGGAGACGCUUUCGGAAUUUUCAACAUUAGGACCGUGUUUUGGACUCUGGCUUUUCUGCUCGCCUGCAUCCUGAGCAGUAACAACGUCCAGGCUGAUGGGGAUCCGGGAGCUUUUUACCCCAACAGUUUGGCCAACGAUCCGGAAAACUUGCGCCUCGUGCAAAUGCUGCGACAGCUUACCCAACGCGGGAGAGAAAUCGACGAACGAGCUCGUGAGAUAACCGAGGAGGAAAUCGCCAUCGAAGGAAUACUCGAAGCAAAGGCUGGAAUGAUGAUUCCUCCGGCGGCAUUCCCGAGGGACAUAUUGCCCGAAGAAGAAGUCGGGGAACCACUUCCGGUACCGAGUGCCAUAAUACGCCCUAUUCCGCCGCGUUGGGAAAAACGUGGAAGUUAUAUGGCGCUGUGUCAUUUCAAGAUUUGCAACAUGGGUCGCAAACGGCAAUCGCUGUCGCAGAUACGUCCGAAAAUCCGAUCACUCAGAUCGUGGAUCUCUCUUGGUCCAAGAACCGUCAGCACUUUACCUGCACACCGGCCUAUCUCCUAGAUUUAUAUACAUACAAAUAUAUAUAUAUAUACACACACAUACACACAAUUUUAUGAUACAAUAGUGAUUAGCAAAUUAUAUCGACAAUGAUAACAAUGAUAACAAUGAUAACAAUAACAGUUGGAGAAAUUUCAAGAAUUAUAUAUUCAACUCGUUACCAAAGAACGUGAAGAUUACAUAACAAUACCGAUAUAUACACACGCGCUUACACACAUAUACAGUGCAUGUUGUGCAAAUGUAAAACAAAUACGCAAUGCAAACGAUUUGGUAUUUUGAGAAAAUUUUUUACUUCAUACUUCAUUUUCCAACAAAACUUGGUUCCAACCUUUUAUUUUUUCGAUUCUCUGCCAAUUUCUUCGACUUUCGAAAUAAAAAUUUUUAAUAUAUACACAUGUCUAAAAUAAGUACCUGAGGGUCUUGCGAAGAAAACUAGGAUAUGAAAAAAGAAUAUAUUAUAUACAUGUAUAAAACAUAACCGAAACAUUAAUCCCGGGUCUUGAAAUUUGUUGGAUGAAGAAUUUGUUAGAUAUAAAAUAAGAGACAAAAAACAAAAAUUGAAAGUACAUUUAAAGCAUAAUGCAAUAUCGAUUAACCUACCUAUAAAACGCGUAAAUCUUCCGUACGUGAUUGCUUGUUCCGUGUCUCUUGUGAAAAAUUAUACCGAUUCUGACGUACGUAUGAAAUGUGG